UCUCGCAGGCCGCUUCGGUAACCAAGCCGAGCAUUUCCUGGGAGCCCUGGCCUUCGCCCGCGCCCUCAACCGGACCCUGGCCGUGCCGCCCUGGAUCGAGUACCGGCACCACCGCCCGCCCUACACCAACCUGCACGUCCCCUACUCGGAGCACUUCAGGCUGGAGCCGCUGCGGCGGUACCACCGCGUGAUCAGCCUGGAGCAAUUCAUGGAGCAUCUGGCGCCCCGGCACUGGCCGCCCGGCAGGAGAGUGGCUUAUUGCUUCGAGGCUGCUGCCCAGAGAAGCGCGGACAAAAGCACGUGUCCCAUGAAGGAUGGAAAUCCAUUUGGUCCCUUCUGGGAUCAGUUCCAAGUGGAUUUUGAUAAGUCUGAGCUCUUCAAGGGAAUUUCCUUCAGUCCUGCAUACAAGGACCAUUGGAUCCAAAGGUUUCCACCCUCUGAGCACCCUGUUCUCGCCUUACCUGGAGCUCCAGCCCAGUUUCCUGUCCUGGAGGAGCACCGGCCCCUGCAGAAGUACAUGGAGUGGUCGGAUACGAUGGUGAAGAAGGGAGAAGCCUAUAUCCAGUCUCUGCUGCUCCGGCCCUACGUUGGCAUUCACCUGAGGAUCGGCUCGGACUGGAAAAAUGCCUGCAACAUGUUAAAGGAUGGGACAGCUGGGCCCCACUUCAUGGCUUCACCACAGUGUGUGGGCUAUGAUCGGAGUGCUGCAGUGCCUCUCACCAUGGACAUGUGCCUGCCAGACCUCAGAGAGAUCAAACGGGCUCUCAAGCUCUGGGUGGCAAAAAUUGAAGCUAAAUCUGUUUAUAUUGCUACGGAUUCUGAGCCCUACACAACAGAAAUACGACAGUUCUUCCAGGAAAAGCUCAAGGUUGUCAGCUUGCAGCCAGAAGUGCCUCAGAUUGAUCUGUACAUCCUUGGCCAGUCCGACCACUUCAUUGGGAACUGUGUCUCUUCCUUCACUGCCUUUGUGAAAAGAGAGCGCGACAUCCAUGGGAAACCCUCCUCAUUUUUCGGCAUGGAUCACCCACCGAGGCUGCGGGAUGAGUUCUGACCGAAGGAGGAAGAGGCUCUGUGGUUCCAGGACUCUGAGCUGGGUCUUUGGUGCUGCAGCAUUCCCUGUGAGCAGUCAUUGCUGGGCUGUGGGAGAGCUCCUGCCCUCCAAUGCUCCUCACAGUCUCUUCCAGACUGUUCUGUCUGAUCUCUCCUGUGUUUCCAGUGUGAGCUCUGAUGGAAAUUUAAAUCAUGUAGUUGAUGGGAAACUAUAAACUAUAUAUAGUUUUUUAAGAUGUAGCUUUUAUAGCUCUCCAUUCUCACUAGUUGGGAUUCACCAGCAAUCAUGAUGAAGCAGCUGCUCAGA